AUGUUCAAUCAAAUGCUCAUUCGAAUGGCAGGAGUAUCCACCGAGCGAGCCGAAGCACCGCGUGUUCCGGCCAGGAACCUGGUCUUGGACUGCCGUCAGUGGCUGCGCUGCAUUGAGACGUUAGGCCGGGAUAGUGUUCUGUUGUGGGACGCGGGGAUUUAUCCGGGUGAACCCUGGGUAAAUUGCAAUUUCUUCUCGGAGAGCCGUGCUGAUGCCGAGGUUUUUGGCUUCGGGAUCACGGCUCGGGUGGCUUGA